AUGGCUCCGGGACAAGCAGAACAAGGAGAUUCAGCGUCCACAGCAAACGUGGUUACUGAGCAGCGCCACAAUCUGGAAGAAGUUCUUCGGUUGAUUCGGAACUUCAAGAAGGAUUCGAGGACGCGAUACAACUUACAAUAUUUUCAACACCGAGAGGAGACGCUAAAGCGAGCAUGGGCGAACUGCGAAGCCUUGCACGGAAGGGUGAAGACCGUGAGGGCUCAGGAUGCAGUACUACUUGCGCAGAACAUGAAAGAGUACGAGGAGGUCGAGGAUGCCUGGGGCGAAUGUUCAGUGGUAUUCCGUCAAAACAUUGCCGGUUACCUAGCUGCGGAGAGCAGUCAACGUCCAGCAAUUCAAGAGGCCCCAGAUGCAGGUGAAAACGUAGUCAGACUGGAAAGGAUUAAAAUACCCAGCUACAGCGGCGACUACACUCAGUGGGCAGCAUUCCAUGACUUAUUCAAGGUCGUGGUGCACGACAACAAAAAUUUAAGUGGUGUACAAAAGCUUCAGUAUCUUCGUGCGUCGGUCAACGGUGAGGCAGAACAAUUGAUACGCCACCUCACUUUAACGGAGACUAAUUAUGCGCCAGCAUGGAAGUUACUGAAGAAGCGAUACAACAAUAAGAGGGCCAUCGGGAAUGCCUACAUGAAAGGCAUAUGGAGUUUACCGACUAGCACUCCGGCUAGUGCGAUAGGUAUCAAGCGAAUAUUGGACACGACCGAACAAUUCCGUGCCAAUACUGAAUCAUUGGGAGCAGAUUUAGUCGACCUAAUCAUGGUGUUCAUCCUGCAACAAAAAUUGGACAAUGAAAGUAAUUCGGAAUGGCAGAAAUUCAUUGGUUCUUCGAACGAGAUACCAACCUUGAAUCAAUUCACGAACUUCUUGCAUCAACGGUUCACAAUACUGGAAGCAGUACAGCUUACCGAACGCAAGACGGUGAAAAUAGGGGCACACUCAGCACAAGCAACGGGAGCCGUCUGCCGAGUAUGCCAGGGCGAUCAUCGAAUUUCGUAA